AUGGCGGCCGUGCAGGGUGGUAUGGUGGACGCGGUUGAGGAGAAAGAAAUAAAAGCAGAACCAUCGAACGAUAGCAGUGGAAGUAACAAUGCAAGCGAUAACAGAAUUCUUUCUCCGUCCCCCGGCUCCAGUGCUUCGACAGGAGGGACUAAAAAUGCGGCGGGAGCCCCGGAGGACCAGCAGACUCUGUUGGCUGUCCUGCAGUUCCUCAGGAAGAACAAUCUCACCGAGUCCGUUGACAUUUUACGUCGUGAGGCGGGAUUACCGGAGGAUUCAUUGGAACUGAAAGGGAAUGAUUCCUCCGGGGCUGGUUCGGGUGCUGCAGGGGGGAAUGCGGACACAGAAGGCGUAGAUGCGAGCGCUUUACUCAGCAGGGUGACUGGUUCAUCCUCCGCUAGUGCCCCGGCGCCAACCAAAGCUCCUGGGGAGGAUCAACCAGACGUCAACGUGGUGCUGUCAGCUUACAGCCAACAGGGAGAUCCGGCUCUGUAUGGGGUUUAUUACAGCGGCCUGAAGAAGUUUAUAGAAUCUGUUUUAGACUGUCACCGAGCAGAACUGUCCCAGGUGUUUUACCCGCUGUUUGUGCACAUGUAUCUGGAGCUGGUGUACAACAAUCAUGAAAAUGAGGCCAAGACAUUCUUUGAAAAGUUCAGCGGGGAUCAGGAGUGCUACUAUGAAGACGACUUGCGUGUUUUGUCUGGACUGACAAAGAGGGAGCACUUGAGAGGCAACGAAACUCUUUUGGACUUCCGGACCAGUAAGUUUGUCCUCCGUAUCUCCCGUGACUCUUACCAGCUGCUCAAGAGGCACCUGCAAGAGCGUCAGAACAACCAGAUCUGGAAUAUCAUCCAAGAGCAUCUCUACAUUGACAUCUUUGAUGGCAUGCCACGCAGUAAGAGCCAGAUCGAUGCCAUGUCAGGCAGCUUGGCUGGAGAGGCAAAGCGCGAGGCUAAUAAGGCCAAGGUUUAUUAUGGACUGCUCAAAGAACCAGAAAUAGAACUGCCUCUUGAUGAUGAGGAUGAAGAGGCAGAGAAUGAGGAGGGUAAACCCAAGAAGAAGAAACCAAAGAAGGAUAGCAUGGGCUCUAAAAGCAAGAAACAAGACCCUAAUGCACCUUCACAGACCAGGAUACCUCUACCAGAAUUAAAGGAUUCAGACAAGCUGGACAAGAUCAUGUACAUGAAGGAAGCCACCAAGAAGAUUCGGCUGGGGCCGGAUAACCUCCCUUCGAUCUGCUUCUACUCUUUUCUCAAUGCUUACCAGGGUUUGACUGCAGUGGAUUUCACAGAUGACUCCAGCCUGAUUGCAGGAGGCUUUGCUGACUCCACAGUACGAGUUUGGAGUGUAACACCGAAAAAGCUUAGAAAAGUCAAGUCUGCAGCAGACUUGAAUCUGAUAGACAAAGAGUCUGACGAUGUGCUGGAGAGGAUCAUGGAUGAGAAGACAGCCAGUGAAUCAAAGAUUCUCUAUGGACACAGUGGCCCGGUGUAUGGCAUCAGCUUCAGCCCAGACAGAAACUAUUUAUUAUCAAGUUCUGAAGAUGGCACAAUCAGGCUGUGGAGUCUUCAAACAUUUACUUGUUUGGUGGGCUACAAAGGCCACAACUACCCAGUGUGGGACACCCACUUUUCCCCUCAUGGGUACUACUUUGUCUCUGGGGGACAUGACAGAGUUGCCCGACUGUGGGCAACAGAUCACUAUCAGCCCCUGCGGAUAUUUUCUGGUCAUCUAGCUGAUGUCACUUGCACCCGCUUCCAUCCCAACUCCAAUUAUGUUGCCACAGGAUCAUCUGAUCGUACCAUUCGCCUCUGGGAUGUCCUUAGUGGAAACUGUGUUCGCAUCUUCACUGGUCACAAGGGUCCAAUCCAUGCUCUAGCUUUCUCUCCAAAUGGAAAGUUCUUGGCCUCAGGCGCCACUGAUGGCAGAGUUCUUCUGUGGGAUAUCGGACAUGGAAUUAUGAUAGGAGAACUAAAAGGCCACACGGAUACAAUCUACUCUCUCAAAUUCAGUAGAGAUGGCGAGAUCCUUGCCUCUGGCUCUAUGGACAACACUGCACGUUUGUGGGAUGCCAUGAAAGCAUUUGAUGAUCUAGAGACUGAUGAUUUUACAGCCACUACAGGACACAUCCACCUACAAGACAACUCCCAGGAGCUUCUGUUGGGAACCUACAUGACUAAAUCCACACCUGUUAUUCACCUUCACUUUACUCGCAGGAACCUGCUUCUGGCUGCAGGGGCCUACAAUCCCUGAGACAUUAUUAAAUAUUGAUAAAAUAAUUCACAAGAAAUUAACAGAAAGCAAGCUUCUGUUCCCACUAUGGACAGCCAGUUUGUAGUGCAGUGGGAAUAAAAUUCAACAAGUAACAAAUUACCUCUGGUGAACAUUCAACUGUGAAUGAAGAUAUAAGUAAGGUUAGCCAACUUUCGUCAAGGGCCUUCACUUUGACAGAUUCAGGCACAGAACCAAGCAGAUGGCCUGCAGAAAUUCCCUGGACUCCAUUAAGUGCCAUGUUAACUCAGAACUGUUUUUAAAAAUCACUGCCACAAGUUCAGCUGUGUUCAACACGUUGCUGACAAUGGAUGACUGUAUUAUAAUAUUUUAUACUGGUGGACACUGUAAAUAAAACAAGUGUUUUAUA